AGAUAGAUAGAUAGAUAGAUAGAUCACUUCCUGCCACAACAAACGAAACGAGUGAGGCGCGCGGUUUGUAAAAAAAAUCCUGUAGCUACAAGUAUACUCAGCAUCUUUUUUUCCACCCGCAUUUCGCUUUCCCUAAAUCAUACACGCUGUAUAAAAAGGACGAUGGGUGUUCGUUUUAUACAGAUUAUUGAGAAAGUGACAGCAGUGUUCUGGACCGAGUGUUGCAGCUUAUAUAUUGUUAACUUUUUACUUGGACACCUAACAACUUUCUUCCCGAUCUCUGCUCUUGAAUUGAUUUACGAAAUGACGCUUCAGUACAUCACCUUGCUGUGUUCCGUUUUUAUAUUUGCUCAAGUUUGCUCGAUGCCAACAACCUGUCAUCUUCCGUGGAGGCUCGUAAAAACAAGCUACAAUUUACUUGAGAACAUGGGAGGCAUUUUUCCCCUGGAAUGCUUGGAUGAAAACAUUCAGAUAACUUUCCCGAAAUCUGCUCUGAUGUCAAAGGGCUCAAAUGAGAAAGCAGUAGGCCUAUAUAAAAUCAUGGAGCACAUCGAAUUUCUGUUUGCGAACGACACUUUCCCAGAGUCCUGGGACCAGGAGAAAGCAGAGCAUUUCCUACACCUAGUUUACCGCCUUACUGAGGAGAGCAAAUGCUUUAAUGGCUAUGUGAACACGCAUCGGCCUGUAAGAGAGAAUGCUCUGAACACCUAUUUCAAUAAAUUAGCCACUCUACUUAGAGACAAGGACCACAGUUUCUGCGCUUGGGAGGUGAUUCGAAAGGAGCUAUUGCAUGUUCUUAAAGUCAUCCUUAAGCUUAACUCACCCAAAGUGUAG